UCUGCAGAUAACAGGAUUUAGAUUUAGCAGAUCAACAUAGAAUCAGGGACCAAAACCCAGAAAUAUUACAAAAUGUUUGGCUAGUUAUCAAUAAACCAAAUCAUUCUUAAAUGGACAAGAAAAGAAGAAGCGGCAACAAAAAGGAUUGCCCAUCUUGUGAGAGUCUCCAAACUGACCAAGAAGUUCAAAUAGAGGGAAGAAACUUCAAGUUCACUAAAAUACUCAACGCCUCGAUCUACCAUUUUUAUCGAGAGAAGCUCAAGCUGAUAGAGAGACGAUCUGAAGCUGUUCAGACCAUCAGCUUGUCAGCCGAGACUUUUGGACGGUUUUUGAACAGGGUCAGAUGGAAUUAUGACGACUUUAACAAAUUAUGGAGAAUCAACAUCAUUUUUGAACUCUGGGAAGCUGCCAGAGCUUUGCAGAAUGCAGAUCUCAUUCAAAAUAUCGAAAGUAAAGUUUGCAAGAUGAUUAACGAGAAACAUGCUGAGGCAAUCUGUGCAAAGGCCAGACUCUACCAGUCAAAGUUAGUUCUCAACAAAAUUAAAAUAUUUCUUCAACACCGGUUUAUAACGGCAGAGAAAAUGCAUCUGUACUGUAUCUUAACGUUCAAAGACUUUCUUAGCAUCAUAGAAGAAGAUCUUAUAAGUGUGGACACCGAGGACGUUCUUCUGAGGUCGAUCUUUCAUUGGGCUGAACAUUUUGAAAAACAAGAAGGAUAUUCAGAAGCAAGCGAGGACGACCAGGACCAGCAACGUCGGAAAAAGAGGAAGCUGGAAAGUGAUGCGCCCCGCAAAGAUGACGAGCUGGUGGAAGACAAAUGCUCCAAGCUCUCUCAAUUGUUAAGAGCCACAAGAUAUGGUUUAGCAAGCAUUGAGUGUCUUGAGGAGCUCUCUAAACAUCCUAUGUGUGAGGAUGACGAAGAAGCCAAGCUGGUCAUAACUAAAGCCAUCAACUACAAGCUAGAUAGAAACACGCACGGAUAUUGGCCUCCAUACGCGUAUCCCAGAAACCCUCGGUAUUUCAGACACGUAGGUGUACUAGCUGACAAAGAUCAAGUCAGCUUUUUAAUUCUCGAAAGCAUGAAAUUUCAUUGGAGUAGACUUCCCAGAUGUCCACUUCAUAAUAUAAUAACAAAUGUCACUGUGUUUGACAACGAGCUCUAUGUCAUAAACAGCACAGGCCUUGAAAGUUUGCUCUUUGUUUAUAGAAACAAAGAGUGGAAAUUUGUUCUGGAUCUUCCCAAUAAGAACUUACUUGUUCUGGCUAAAGGAAGUGGCAUUUACGUCAUAGACGGCACAAGCAGCAGCGUGAAAUGUGUGUCGCCGAGAGAGACUCCAGUUCUUCACAGCGAGAUCAAGUUCCCUGACAUGAUGAGAAAUCCAGAGAGUGCUUUAGACUUUGACAAAAGUAUCUUGAUUUUCUGUUCCACUGACUCUGAUGAAAAGUCUGCAGUGUUUUGUUUAGACGUGCCAGAACAUAAAUGGACUGACUGUGGACAUCUAGAUUGUUCAGCUAAAAAUUUGGUUGGUUUUAGAAAUGAAACAAAUUACUUUAUCUUACAAAGUGACGGGACGGUAAGGCAAGUGCUGAGGAAUCAAGAUGAUGACUUUGUAUUUACAAUGAUAAAACGACUGUGGUCGAUUCAAAGCGCUUUACGGGGCGCCUUUAUCUACAGUGAUAUUCUGUACGUAUUUUCAAAUACUCCCAUGGAGAAUUCAUGUCUUCGAGGAGUAUCCGGCUUGUUUUGGCGGACGGAGUAUUGGUAUCAGGAACAAGAGGCGUCCAACUUUGUUCAGUUUUUUAUGCCCACUAAUGACAUAUGCCGGGCAGAUAGUAUAUCUGAAACCGAUUCCGAGGAUGAAGAAUCAACAUAAUGCAUUGAGAUUGUAAUAACUUUUGAUACAAUUCAUUCUAUGACUAUUAGAAUAGUAAAUAGGCACAGCAGAGACUGUGAUUUCAACACCUCGUUUUUUUUUUUAGUUAGUAUGAACGAUUUUAAGAAAUAGUCGGAAGAAAAUGAGCACAAGACUAAAAUAUUGAAUUGAGGUUAGGGCUUGUCGGUAGUGGGUGAAGGGAAGAGCGGAAUCAUCCCAGGACAAGAAAACAACUUUGAGAAGUCGAUAGAUAUUCAGCUCAAGAUACGACGACAUUCAAUGGUGAAAAUCACAUUGAGCAAACAAUACUUACAAAUUGUAACUGUUGUCUUUGCGUGGAUGUUUUGUUUGUUUGUUUGCUAAGUCAAACAUUUCUUUAUUUAGGACAGAACAGUUGUGUAAAAGUUGUACAGCUUGUCAAGCAGUGUACGCUAAAUAAUAAAAUGAAAUUCAAGUUUGAAAUAAA